GCGCUGCUGGCGGGCGCGCUGCUGGUGUGGCUGUGGCGCGGCGGCGCGCGGCCCGCGGGCGCGCAGCGGCGCCGCGAGCUGGACGCGCCCGUGGAGGGCCGCGAGCUGCCGCUCAUCUUCAUCGGCGGAGUGCCUCGCUCGGGCACUACGCUCAUGCGCGCCAUGCUCGACGCGCACCCCGACGUGCGCUGCGGACAGGAGACGCGCGUCGUGCCGCGCAUCCUGCAGAUGCGCCAGCAUUGGAUGCGCUCUCAAAAGGAAAGUGUGCGGCUGGAGCAGGCGGGGGUAUCGAAGGCCGUACUCGAUAACGCCAUCGCUGCAUUCUGCUUGGAAGUGAUCGUCCGGCACGGGGACACGGCACCACGACUGUGCAACAAAGACCCUCUCGUGCUCAAAAUGGGCACGUAUGUGCUGGAGCUGUUUCCCAACGCCAAGUUCCUGUUCAUGGUGCGCGACGGCCGCGCCACCGUGCACUCCAUCAUCACUCGUAAGGUGACCAUAACGGGUUUCGACCUGACGAGCUAUCGGCAAUGCCUGACGAAGUGGAACCACGCGGUGGAGCUGAUGUACCAGCAGUGCAAGUCCAUGGGCGCGGACAAGUGCCUGGUGGUGCGGUACGAGGCGCUGGUGCUGCGGCCGCGCGAGACGCUGCGGCGCGUGCUGGCCUUCCUGCAGCUGCCGUGGGACGACGCCGUGCUGCACCACGAGCGCUACAUCAACCAGCCCAACGGCGUCGCGCUCUCCAACGUGGAGCGGUCGUCGGACCAGGUGGUGCGGCCCGUGAACCUGGACGCGCUGGACAAGUGGGUGGGGCAGAUCCCGGCCGACGUGCGCGCCGACAUGGCGGAGCUGGCGCCCAUGCUGUCCGUGCUGGGCUACGACCCGUGGGCCAACCCGCCGCGCUACGAGGCCACGGCCGACGCCGCCGUCACCGAGCGCCGCCCGCCCUAGCCGCCCGCCGCGCCAGCCCUCGCCCUACAAUAAACUUUACUCCUUC